UCUCCAUCACAGCACUCCCACACCGGCCACAUGCGCCCUGGCAGCCAUCCCCCGCUCCGAGUGAAAGUGUAGCAGAGGGACGACUGGUUUAACGCACGGUGUCGGUCUCAUCUGAUGGACACCUCGGUGCCUUGGCCAGCUCGCCGUGUGCGCUGCGGUCCUCCUCUCCAGCUGGACCGGUGGUAGCCGGAGGCUGCGCGAGCGCUCGCUCGGAACGGGAGGACAGAGAGACAUUAUGAAGUUGACCGUCCUCCUCCUCCUCGUAUGCCCGCUGUCCCUCGCCGAGAUCCACGCUCCCAGUGAGUUUGUGUCCUUGGCGGAGAUGGAGGACGCCCUCAUGAGGAACCUUUUCCAAGGGUACCAGCGCUGGGUCAGGCCCAUCCAGCACGCCAACGACACCGUCCGGGUACGCUUUGGACUGAAGAUCUCCCAGCUGGUGGAUGUGGAUGAAAAGAACCAGCUCAUGACAACUAACGUUUGGCUGUGGCAGGAGUGGAUCGAUUACAAGCUGCGAUGGAAUCCAGAUAAAUAUGGAGGGAUCACUUCCAUCAGAGUCCCUUCGGAAAUUAUCUGGCUCCCCGACAUCGUCCUCUAUGAGAAUGCUGACGGGCGGUUCGAGGGCUCCCUGAUGACCAAAGCCAUCGUCAAGUUUAACGGCGUCAUCACCUGGACGCCACCCGCUAGCUACAAAUCCGCCUGUACCAUGGACGUCACCUUCUUUCCCUUUGACCGCCAGAACUGCACCAUGAAGUUCGGCUCCUGGACAUACGAUGGCCACAUGGUGGACCUGGUCCUGAUAGACAACCAGGUCGACCGACGGGACUUCUUCGACAACGGGGAGUGGGAGAUCCUAAGUGCCACUGGAGCCAGGGGCACCAGGAAGGACGACAUGUACACGUACCCCUUCCUCACGUAUUCCUUCAUCCUGAAGAGGCUGCCCUUGUUCUACACACUCUUCCUCAUUUUCCCUUGUUUGGGUUUGUCGUUCCUGACCGUCCUGGUGUUUUACCUCCCAUCGGAUGAAGGAGAGAAGCUGUCCCUCUCCACCUCCGUGCUUGUGUCGCUCACCGUCUUCCUCCUGGUCAUAGAAGAGAUCAUUCCCUCCUCCUCCAAGGUGAUCCCGCUCAUCGGAGAGUACCUGCUGUUCAUCAUGAUCUUCGUCACGCUCUCCAUCAUCGUCACCGUCUUCGUCAUCAACGUGCACCACCGCUCCUCGGCCACCUACCACCCGAUGUCUCCGUGGGUCCGGAAUCUCUUCCUUCAGAAGCUGCCGAGGUUGCUCUGCAUGCGGGGGCACACCGACCUCUACCACUACCCGGAGCUGGCUCCCGAGAGCCCGGAGGUGAAGCCGCGCUCUGGAGGUCGGAAAGGAGGCCAGAGGGCCAACAGCGGAGCCCGCGGACCGACCACGCCUGAAGGGAAGGAGGACGAGGCCUGGGCGACCAUGUUGGACAAGGCCGUCUACUCAGUGCGCUACAUCAGCAGACACAUCCGCAAGGAGCACUUCAUCCGAGAGGUGGUACAAGAUUGGAAGUUUGUGGCCCAGGUGUUAGACAGGAUCUUCCUGUGGGCGUUUCUUACCGUCUCCAUACUGGGCACUGUCCUCAUCUUCACUCCAGCUCUCUACAGUUUUUUCAAAAUCCCUCCUCCAAUCGCAAGUGAGAAUCCGCCUUCAAACUAGACAAUAACCCCACUUCCACAGGCGAAUAGUGAUCAACCGUCAACAAUCUCUGAAACGUUUGCUCCCACUGAAUAAGAAGAAGCCACUUCAGGUGUUUGGUAGAGAGAGCUUUGACUGUUAGUUUCUUCUUUAGAUUCCCUGUUUAACCUGCUCUCCAUGCCAUUAAGUAAUGUAAUGUGUCUUUCAUGCACAUCAUACCACAUUUCAAAUUAUUAGGAUUAUAUAACUUUUUUUAAGCAAGCGCACUCAACAGCAAAUUAAUGCCAAAUUUAGUAAGUCAUAGAUGUUGAAAUUCAACACAUUUGAAUUUGACGUUUCAUAAUGGAUUUAGGUAGCAUGCAGCUUUUAAUGCGUUAUAUUACACGGUGGUUAUUCCAGAUGUCAUUGGCUUAAUAUAUAUAUGUAUAUGUACAGCAAAGAUGGCUUCCUCUCUAUCUCUAUUCCUCCAUCACUUUAACAAUAUAUUCAUUUUAUGCACUAGAUACAUUCUGUACUUAAUUUGUAUUAGUAUAUUCUAAGAAAAAUACAUUAUUUAUUCUUUCAAGGUACCAUCAACCUUUGUACUACCUUAACAUACCAUUACAUAUGUAGCAACCUGUUAUAUGUUUGCAGACUUUUUAAAGCUUUUUAAAUGGCGUAUCAGAACAGUUUGGAUUUUUUUGUCUGCUGUGUUCCUCACCCUCUCAAACACAAAAUAUGUCACACCUUGGUCACGGCAGUAACUGGAAACAUUUAUUUGAUUAAUGAAUAAAUAGAUGGACAUUUCCUUUGAAAUCCACAUUACUUGUAUUAUUCAAUUGUACUUUAUUGCACUAGUUAGUUUAAAGUCACGAGGCAUUAAUGCAAUAUAUAUUUAUGAUCCAUUGAAAGUGAAAGUUGUCCAUACAUCCUUCAGAUGUUACAGAUAACAACAAAAAGGAAAAAGAGUAGUACUAGAAACUAGAUGAAAUAGGUGAAGUGACUGCUACACCUAGUGGUGAAUCAGCCACUUUGCAGAAAUUGCACAGAAUGCAAAACAUACAACGCAUAUUAUUUCCCCCUACAACAAGGAAAUAAAUGAUUCUUUCUCAAUUUUGGUCUUUCCAAAAAUAAAUGUUUUGUGAGUGUUUGGAUGAGUGUGUGUCUUUUGUGCAGAAUUUAGAUACAGUGUUUUGUUUUCUCUGCACCAUAACUAGAUGGAAGAAAAACACAGGAAUAUAAUUAAAAUGUCAGAAAAAUACUUAUAUCACUUCAGAAGUACAUUAAAACAUGUUACACUCAGGGAAAGUGUCACUGCUCAUUAAAACAAUCAAAUGACUAUCAAUGAAAUCAUUUCUACCGCACAUCAAAGUGCAACUAUGCUAUUGUGGGAAAACAUUGUGCUACUAUUACCUAUAAUUGAAAAUGAAAGCAUUAAAAAACAACAAGAAGAAACAAUGUAAAUGGCUAAAAACUGAAUUGCUACACAGUCCAACACCAUGUUCUGCUACCAGUACUCUUUAGGCUGAGAAAGCAAAAGCACUUUGUGUUAAAAAUGCCUCUUCGAUGGCGUAAAAGGUGUUGGCUUUAACAUCAACUGACGAUAGAUCACAGUCAAACGUGUAUUCACACCACAGACUAGUGUGACCCAUCCCUGAUUCUGACUGGUGUCAAACCUGAUAUCCUGACUGUCUCUUUAGGUUAAUGAAUCACUUUGCUUGCUUCUUUUUCAUGAAGCCCUCAACAAUGUUAAAACAGAAAAACUGAUUCACAGAGUUUCAAGCACAGAUUUUCUCUAACAAUAAAACACAUAACAUAAGCAUUUGGAUCAAAGGCAACAAUUUGCUACAAGAAAAUGAUAAAUGCUGUCAUUAAAUGGUUGAUACUACUUGUCAUAGAAAUAAUAAACUGCCAGUCAUCUUUAUGUUGACUCGAUAUUAGAAAACCAAGUAAAAUACUGUACAUAUUUUGUCACAGCAGUAAUCAUGUGCAUCAAUAAUAC